AUGACACCAACUAAUAAAUCACAACAAGUUACAACAAAUCUACUACUAAAGAAAAGAUUUUAUAAAAAACCACUAAUAUUAUUUUUUAUAAUCAAUACAAUAUAUUUAAUAACUUAUUAUUUAGUGUUUAAUAAAAAUUCAAAUUUAAAUAAUCAAAAUUAUAAAAAUUGGCAUGUUUCAAUUGAUGAUAAAAGUUUAUUACCUCAAUUAUCAACAACAAAUGUAAAUUAUACAGAAGAAUUAGAAUAUUUAUUAUAUAAUUUUAAAUCUCCUGAACAUACAACAACUUUAGAUAAAUCAAUUUUAGAAGUUUCAAACUUGCUAAAUUCAAAAUCUAUAUAUCAAGAUGAUAGAUUAACUUUUUCAAUAAUUUUAAAUUAUUUAUCAAACAACUUAAAUAGUACAACUAUUCCAUUUGAUUGGUCAGAUUGGGUUAAUUUAUCAUAUUUAAAUCAUCAAAUUCAUAAACCACUAGCAGCAAGAAUAAAAUGUCAAGAUUUAAUACCUCAUAUAAAUUUUAGAAGAAAUAGAAUUAAAUCAGAAGCUGAAAAAGAUUAUUUAUUAUUUGGUUGUAUAAAUACUGAUGAAUUAACUGAUGAACAACUAAUGGAAAUGGGUCAUACUAGAGAUGAAAUGAUUGGUUUUACUCAAUUAAAACAUACAUCUUUUACUACUACUGAAUAUAUUAGAAAUUUACAAGGUAAAACUUAUUUAAUGAAUAGUCAACCAUUACCUUAUAAAGUUAUUUUCUUGAAUGAUAAAGGUAAUGAUUUAGUAUUAGAUGUUGAAAAGGGGAAAAUAAAAGAUUUAUUAAAUAAUUAUACAGAUACUGAAUUUGACACUGUUGAACAAUUUAAUAAAGUUAUUACAAUAGAUGAUGAAUUUUUUUAUAAUCCUCAACCAAUUAUAAAUAUAUCAGAAGAAUCUUUUACAUAUAAUAGAAAAAUAUUAGCUGAAAAAUUAAAAGAAUUAACAAGAAUUAAACCAGAAAAUUUAACAUUACAUCAAAAAUCAUUUUUAAAUUCCAUCAAGCAAACAUUAAAAGUAAAACCUCCAACAAAUCCAGAAACAAGAUAUUUUAAAGAAUCAACAUUAAGAUUAAAUAAUGAUAAUCAUGAUAGUGGUUGGCAUUAUGAUUGGAGAUUUUUUAAUGGAAAAUUAAAUGACCCCAAAAGAAGUUCAAUAAUUUUAGAAAGAUUAUUAAGAAAUUGGUUUAAAUUUAGUUUUAAAUAUGAAAUUAUAAGUUGGAUAUCUCAUGGUCCUUUAUUAAGUUGGUAUUGGAAUGGUGGGAUUUUUCCAUUUGAUAAUGAUUUAGAUAUUCAAAUGCCUAUAAUGAAUUUAAUGAAAUUAGGUGAAUUUUUUAAUCAAACUUUAGUGGUUGAAGAUUUAAAUGAAGGUAUGGGGAAAUAUUUAAUUGAAGUUGGUACUUUUGUUCAUAAUAGAGAUAUUUCAAAAAGAGGUAAUCAUAUUGAUGCAAGAUUUAUUGAUAUUGAUACUGGUAUUUAUAUUGAUAUUACAGGUAUUUCAACAAGUAAUGCAAAACCUCCUAUAUCAAGUUAUCAAAAUGUAAAUGAUGAUAUUGAUGAAGGUCCAUUAUUAAAUAAAAAUGAACAAACUUUUAAUGAUAGAAGAGUUCAUUUUUAUCAUUUAAAUCAUUUAUCUCCUUUAAAAUUAUCAAUGCUUAAUGGUGUACCAUGUUAUAUUCCCAAUCUGAUUAUCAAAAGAUCAAAAUAUGAAUAUCCUGAUGGUGCAUUAACUAAAAUUGAAUAUAAUGAUUGGUGGUUUGUUAAAAAUUUACAAAGUUGGAUUCAUAAAGAUACAUUGUUGCCAAUUCUUGAUGCAAAUAAUUACUUGGAGUCUACAUAUGAUGAAAAUAAUAAUAAAAUAAAUAAAUUAAAAUUUGAAAAUUUAAUAAAUUCAAUAACAGAUGAAGAAAUUUAUAAUUUAUUAUCUCAGAAUCAAGAAAUUUUAAUAUCUUAUUAUUUAUCACAAUUUAAUUCAAAUUUUCAUAUAAAUGAAAUAAAAUAUUUAUUUAAAAUUGAUUCAACAAAAAAUAAAAAUAUAAAUGAUUUACCAGGAGGAAAAAUACUAGAUGACCCGCAAAAUACAUAUAAUGAAAAUUAUUUAAAUUUAAUCUUGAAUAAUGUUCAUUUAAAUAAACCUAUUAGAGAAUCAAUUUUUGAAUUUGAAAAAAUUAAUGGUGGAAAUGGUGAAUUUUAUGGUAGAGCUUUUGCAAAAUUAGAUGAAAUUGAAAUUACUUAA